AUGUCUCAGGUCAUUGCUCAAUACCCGCCACGAAGUCAACCAAGAACCAUUACGCGGAAGCAUACGCCUCUGAUACUAAAAUCAUCAAAGUCAACUCAUCAAAUCAAGGUAGUACCUCCAAGCUCCCAGAAAGAAACCAGUACUGCGCUCUCAUUGGAACAGAAAUUACUGCUGCGCUCUCGGCAAACGCAACCAGUGCUGGAAAACCCAAUCAACGAGGUGGCACCAGUGAAUUCGCAAGUAGGAGCUAUCCCUCCGCUGCUUCAAUCCGCACCACGUCCAAGCACACUGUCUCCCAAGAUUCAAGACUCACAUCCAAUAACUUCAGUGGAAACUCAGUCUCAAACGCCAGCUAUCGGCCAGCAGUUGGUACGCAACACGAUACCACAAAGUUUGAUAAGCCCACAACCAAUCAGCAAGACUCUGCAAGUUCACGACACUCAACCCAACACCUCAAAAGGACCGAGUACACCUCAGCCUGUAAGGAACGACAAAAUUACGGAUCCUCAGCCCAGCACCACAAGGAAACCACUAUUACUACGAGUGAAAACACCUGUGUGGCUCAGUACAGCGGAUGUACCUCAACCUCGGGGAACCAUCUCAGAAUUAAUAAUCGCAAAAAGUCAAGCGGUUUUACCCCAGACCAGCAAAGCAUCAACAGCAGUGACACCUUCCGAACAGCGAGCCAACAUUCUGCAACCCAAGGUUAUUACCUUGGCUCAGCAUCAGCCAUGCCUAUUUCAGGAAACCAGUUUACUAUCAACAUCCCCAGAACUCCAGGCAGAAGUACCUGCGGCCAGCCUAGUAAAAACUACGGCCAAGGAGGUCAGUCUGCCUCAGCCAAAGGAACAUCAGGGAUCCAGUUCCAAAUCAGUUCUGAGAAGCAAAGCGGAAGUAUCUCCAAUUCCAGUCAACGUGGUCACUCUUCCUAUACCAGUGCAAGAAGUCAGUCAUGUAGUGGCCAGGGAUAUGACACAACAGGAAUUAACAUCUGCCAAGCCUCAGGAAGUCAGUCUAACGUUGAAGGAUAUGGCUCAACAGGACCUCCAGUCUACGUCUCAGAAUAUUCGAGAACCCAGUCCUUCAAACAGUCAGACUCUAACAGAAGCUGGGACGAGGGGGAUGGACCGACUUAUUCAGGCAACUCGGAAUUUCGAUGCUCGCCAAAAGGAGAAGCACAAUAUAACUGUUCAGAAGCAGCGAAUCCAAGCAGGCAACCUCCAGGACACACAACUCAUACUACAGGCCUCGCUAGAAAUGAAGUGCACGCUACAGGAAGUCGGCCAGGGUCAACCAUCUUCAUCAACUCAGGCAGCAUCGUUACAAAAGGACAUCCCAAUCGUGUCUCCCAUGAAGACACAUCAGAUAUUAACAGAAAUCUAUCCUUGGACGCUAGAAGGGAGCAGACUGAGCACACCAUCCCCAGAAUUUGCUCAGUUAGUGCAACAGAUAACAACAGAGGUUCACAAUCCUUCGACGUUGCAGGAGGACAGCCCGGUUCAACAAAUAGAGACCAGUCCACCUCAGUUGCCACUUGAGGACUUGAUGGAUCAACUGUCUUCCUUACAAGAAACCGAUCCAACAUCACCAGAUAUCAAUCCGCCUCGAUCACUGCUAGAGGAACUAUUUCAGAUCGAAAACCUGGAUCACUUAGUCAGUCAUAUAACUCAAAAAACCAACAGCAUGCCGACUACACCUCCACAGGAGUCGCACAAACUUCCAGUAGAGAUGAAUCUUCGUCUCCAACAAGAAAUCAGUCCUUCUCCUACCCUGUUAGGCAGUUCAUCUCUGCAUGCGAUGGAAAAGGAUCAUCUGCCUCCACAACCCAUCUGCCACAAAGUCAGUCCUUCUCCAUCAGAACCUACAGUCAUAGAUCCUCAAAAACUCCGUCGACUACAGGGCACCUUAUCAUGGAAACAACGAAGAUGCGGCGAUGCAGCAAAUCCAACCAGAAUCGGACAUGACAUUUGA